AUGGAUCGAAAGUUUCUCGAGGAACUGCACUACAUGCUGUUGCACGACAAGCGGCGGCUUGAAGCAAUAAGCGAGGUGUGCAGAAGGUCGAGAGACCGGUCAUCGGCUGAGGGUUUGAGGUUUGCUUUGCCGUUCUUGGUGUUUUUGAGGAAAGUCGCCCGCCGUCUCGCCAACGAGCAUCAGCCGUCUGUGCAGAAGAGCGAGCAACGGAAGUUUAAUUUCGACCGACGAAUGACUAAGCACAUGUCUGAUCGAACCACAAAACGGAAAUAUCAAGACGAACAUGUGACUCACUCACUUAACUGCUAA